CCACGCUGCCAUUUUGAAACCGCAGUGCUUUUUGUUCGUGUGGAGCGUUUGCUCGUUGCGAGAAGAAAAUUGUUACAAUAGUCAAGUGUAGUUAAAUUAAACGAACUCUUUCAAAAUGAGCUGGCAGGAUUACGUCGACAAACAGUUAAUGGCAUCCAGAUGUGUAACAAAAGCUGCUAUAGCCGGUCACGAUGGAAAUGUCUGGGCAAAGUCGGAAGGCUUCGAAAUAUCAAAAGAUGAGGUGGCGAAAAUAGUGGCAGGUUUCGAGAAUGAAUCGCUCCUAACGAGUGGGGGAGUGACGAUAGCGGGAUCCCGAUACAUCUACCUCAGCGGCACAAAUAGCAUCAUCCGUGCCAAGCUCGGCAAAGUCGGCGUCCACUGCAUGAAAACACAACAAGCGGUCGUAAUUUCUCUGUACGAAGAACCCAUCCAACCCCAGCAAGCCGCAUCGGUAGUGGAGAAGUUAGGAGACUAUUUAGUUAACUGUGGUUACUAAGAGAUCGAAGAACGCCGUGAUCUAAGAAUACUAAGAUAAUAUUUUUUCCACAUGGAAAUAAGUAAUUGCAUUUUGUAUAUUCUAUAAAGUGAUAAGGACCGUUCAUUUGUUUUGAUAUUUGAUAAAUUAUGGCGACAUCAUUGUUUGAUGCGUUUAGCAACUGUAUGCAGAUACAAUUACUCUUUGGAUAUUGGACCCCUUUUUAUACGCUCACCGCUUCCGCGGCGUAAUUGUCUCUGCAGAAUGGUCUUAAAUUGUAUUUUUUAAAUUAGCUUUCGUUGACCGGUAAUAGUGAGGCAUACUCGGCUUUGCAAGCAGGUCUCAAAGCAUUGUGUAUAGAGAAUCCUUUUUAAGUUUCUUGUCAAGCAUCCGCGUACUACAUACAGCGGAACCCAAGCUCGCCCGGUGCGUGGCCACUGUUUACUGUGUGCGUAUCUCUCUAGAUACUAGUCGAGCUGGAUCGUGAGUUCACGCAAACCUUGUAUUGUUUAGUACUGAUGCUUGACGAGAAAUUAUUUAUACCACGUAAUGAAAUUACUGUAACAAUAUACAAAAUAUAUAUAAUUAUGCAUUCGUGUAAGGGCUUGUUACGAAUUGAAAGACACUGUAACCCAAGGAAAGUAUUAUGAUUUUAAAUGAAAAUCUCUAGUCCCACUGGAACCAUCGUAUGUGUAACCCUCACGAGCGGGCAGCGGCGCCACCCCGGUGACGCUCGCGAGCCACCUUGUGUUGACUGACUCAAUUAUUGGACCACUUUUUUUUCUCUAAAUUAUGUCUAAAUUACUUUGCACGGAACUAUGUUUCUCUGCAUUUUAUCUCUUAAUCCUUUCUGAACGAAACAGAAGUCGCAUAUAUGGUGAUUCGGGUCGCCACCUUCUAAUAUUUUGCUAUGCUUCCUUUUUAUUAUGCUGCAUUUACAUGUCUUGUGUAGUAAAUAAAUAAAUCAAGAUUUCGCAUUUUGUUCUAUCUCUUAGCUGCCGGAACUUAGAAGCGCUCAAUGACCCUGUAUCCUUAAAUAAAGCUUGCAGUAAGCGAAAGGGUGCAUAUUGUUUAAUAUUUGAUAUUACUACUAUAGCUUUGUACAUUGUUUCUGAUAAGCGAUGGGAACUGUGUCUAUCUAAUAAUAAAAUGAUUUGUAUUAUA